AUGGGUAGCUUAAAAUGUUUGGCACAAGUAGUAAAACUUUCAGGCCUCGAAGCGCGAAGAAUACCGGGCUACGGGCCGAUGAUGAUGCCGGGGAAAUUUGAUAAUGUAGUCGUAGCCAUGUCAUCCGGUGUAGACUCAUCAGUCGCCGCUGCAAUGUUUGCAGACUUCCCCAAGGUGCAGGGUAUCUAUAUGCAAAACUGGUCUGAUUCCGAAGCCGCUGCAAGUGCCGGGAAAGAACCUUGUCACGAGCGGGACUGGAACGACGUGCAAAGAGUGGGCAAGCAUCUGGGGCUGCCUGUGGACCGAGUAAACUUUGAGCAAGAUUACUGGCAGGAUGUGUUUGAGCCCAUGCUGCAAGCUUUUCAGCGCGGAAUAACACCAAAUCCGGAUAUUGGUUGUAAUAGGUUCAUCAAAUUUGGCAGACUUCGAGCGCAUUUGGACUCAAAAUUAGGUCAUAACAAUUACUGGCUUGUAACUGGUCACUAUGCCCAGGUUCGUAAUUUUCUGGAUUCUGGGGAGCCCCAUCUACUGCGCUCGUACUACAAGAGCAAAGAUCAAAGUUACUACCUGUCACAGGUUCCGCAAUCCGCGCUAGCAAACCUAUGCUUGCCAAUGGGGGCACUUACAAAACCCGAGGUGCGCGAAAUGGCUCACCAGGUACAGCUUCCGACGGCCAGUAAGCCAGACUCCCAGGGAAUUUGUUUUGUAGCCAACUCACAGCAUACUAAAUUCAAGAAUUUCCUUCAGCAAUACCUGCCCAGCGAAGAAGGAGCCAUUGUUUCUAUGGAACCGGGAACUCACGGCGAUGAUAUGCGUGUCUGGGGCCGCCACACGGGACUAUGGAAUUAUACCAUUGGCCAAAAAGUAGGGAUAUCGAUGCCACAGGGCGAUCCACGCUAUUCAGGCGCUUGGUUCGUAGCACAGAAAAUUAAGGACUCAAAUACCAUUGUGAUAUGCCGGGGCCGCGACAAUUUAGUACUCUACAAGAAUAAAGUCGUAGUUCAUGGUUUCGAGGCUCUUGGGGACUCCAAAGAUGUUUACAAGGUUAUGAAGGAAAAUGUAGACCGCAAGGAAAUAUACAUUCAAUACCGCUCCCUUCAGGACCCAGUGCGGUGUUUGAAGGUAAGUAUAGAGAACGAUCAAAUUACGAUGGUAUUGGAUAAAGCGCAAAGAGCGAUGGCACCUGGGCAGUAUUGUACGAUCUAUCACAAGGAGAGGAUUUUGGGAAGUGGUAUUAUCAAAUCGAGCACCAGCGAUGGGGGUGAAAAGGUCAGCUCUUAA